CUUCUCUUUAUUUUUUUUUUCCACCUAUAAUGGUCACAUCUAAACGAAAAAGAAAAACAGUAAAUUUAUCCACUAAGAAACGACCACAACGACGUACUACUGCCACUCGCGCCUUGACCGAACACGAUAGUGAUGCUUCCUCUGCUUCAGAUUAUGAAGAAAAAGUCGACAAUAACAAAGAAAGCAAAAACGACGUGAAUACUGAUAAUCAAAGCGACAACGACGAUGAUGUUAUACUUACUGCUGAUGAUUUCAACCCACCAAAGAUCAAAGUGCCCGUUCCCAAAGGCAGCCCAUUUCCUGAUGCCAUUUCACCAGCUUCUAUGACAUUUAUGGCCACCUUGAUAGAAAAUAAUGAUAGAGAAUUCAUGAAACUACACGAGGAACAAUGGAAAGCAACCAAGAAGGAUUUUAUGGAUUUUGUAGAUUUAUUUGCCAAAGAAUUACAUCAAGUGGACCAUACUACUCUUGUACAACCUGCCAAAGAAGCGAUAUAUCGUCAACACCGUGAUCUUCGAUUUACAAAAGACAGAAUACCAUACAAAACAACACUUAGGGCUUCAUUUACAAGAGAAGGCAAAACAUCACCGUUACCAGGAUAUCAUAUCUCUCUAAAACCUGGAGAUGAAUCGGUCGUGGCUAUAGGUGUGUUUCAACCCCAACCUGAUUUGAAACAACGGAUGCGUUCGGGUAUCAUGCGACAAGCUAGUCUACUUCGUGAAGCACUAUCUACAGAGGCAAUACAAGAUGUGUUUGGCAAGGACAAUGUUGGUGCUGGAUUAUUGGAUCAAAGAGAUCGACUCAAGGUGGCUCCCAAAGGUGUUGCAAAGGAUCAUCCGGAUAUUGAUUUGUUACGACUCAACUCUUUAUUCAUCAUCAAAAAAUUCAAGGAUGUAGAUGUUGUUUCUGAAGGGUUUUUGGACAAGGUUUUGGAUGUAUGUGAUGCUCUUUUACCAUUUGUUACUAUAUUGAAUUCUUGGAUGGCUUGAUCACUUACUUGGGUUUACUUCCUUUUUUUUUUUAUGUUGUCCUGAUAUCUACUAUCAUUUACUCCCCAUAUAGUCACUUUUUUUUUUUUUUUUGAG